AUGCCCGCCGUCACGCUCGCCGGGCCCAUCGCCACCCAACCCCCCGCCGUCGCUCACGCCGCGGUCGACAGGACGCCGACCAGCGGUGUCUACCCGGCCCCGCUCCGCGCGAAGGGCCAAAGCAUGCCCGGCGGCCCGCUCGUCGUGUCCAAAGUUCCCGAGCCGACCUCUGUGGUCGAAGGCGCGAAGCGUCUCGCCGCCUGGACGGCCGUCGACAAGCACAUCCUCCCGGAACACAAGGUCAUUGGUAUCGGCUCUGGUUCGACCGUCCCCUACGUCGUCGAGCGCAUCGUCGCCCAAGGCCAGGAGCUCAACAAGGACCGCGUCUUCAUCCCCACUGGGUUCCAGUCCAAGGAGCUCAUCGUCGAGGCGCAGCUCCUCCUCGGCGACGUCGACCAGUACCCGGUGAUCGACGUCACUAUCGACGGCGCGGACGAGGUCGACCACGACCUGAACUGCAUCAAGGGCGGCGGAGGCUGCCACCUCCGCGAGAAGGUCCUCGCCGAGGCUGCUGAUACCUUCGUCCUCGUCGCGGACUACCGCAAGAACUCGGACGUGCUCGGCACGAACUGGAAGCAGGGCAUCCCGAUCGAGGUCGUGCCCUUCGCGUACAAGAAGAUCCUCCAGAACCUGCACCUCAUCGGCUCCCCGACCGCGCAGCUCCGGAUGGCCAAGGCCAAGGCCGGCCCCGUCGUGUCCGACAACGGCAACUUCAUCAUCGACGCGCCCUUCCCCGAGGAGCUCAUGAAGGACCCCUACACGCUCCUGCAGCGCAUCAAGAUGCUCACGGGCAUCGUCGAGGUCGGCCUGUUCUGCCACAUGGCCAAGUCGGCGUACUUCGGGAACCAGGACGGCAGCGUCACGGUCAAGUGGCACAACGGCCGCAUAGAGCAGGUGGCCGGCACUGCUUGA